CUUCAGUGGAUAAGCACGUAUUAUUUAUUCAUUAUAUAUUGAAUUGACUAACUAUCGAUAUAUCUGUUUAAAGGUCACGAAGAAAAAUAUUAUGAUAUACAUUUUAAUAUGGAGCACCGUGCUGCUCGCUGCUCUGACUCUGUACUUCCGGCAAACGUACUCCAGGUUUAGUGACUAUGGCGUGAAACAUAUGAAAGUGAUUCCCUUCUUUGGCAAUAUGGCGGGAGUAGCAUUUCGGAUGGAUCAUUUAACCGACCAGUUUGAUAAGAUUUACAAAGCUUUCCCUAACGAAAGAUUCGUUGGACGAUUUGAGGUUACAAAGCCUACGUUAGUUAUACAAGACCUUGAGCUGGUUAAGAAGAUAACAAUUAAAGACUUUGAAUACUUCCUCGACCAUCGCGGUUUCACAGAUGAAAAAGUUGAGCCUUUGUUUGGACGAAAUAUAUUUUCAUUAAAAGGUCAGGAAUGGAAAGACAUGCGUUCAACUUUGAGCCCAGCGUUCACGAGCUCGAAGAUUAAACUAAUGGUACCCUUCAUGGUGGAAGUGGGUGAACUAAUGAUACAAUCAUUAAAGAAGAAAAUCAAGGAAUCGGAAGGCUACAUCGAUGUAGAUUGCAAGGACUUGACAUCACGGUAUGCUACUGAUGUGAUCGCGUCUUGUGCAUUUGGUCUAACAGUUAACUCACAAACGGAAAAGAACAAUAAGUUCUAUGAGAUGGGCAAAGUCGCUUCUACUUUCAAAUUCCGACAAAUGUUUCUCUUCUUCGCACUGUCUGCGUGUCCAUCUCUAGUUAAGAUAUUUAAAAUAACGCUAUUUUCAAACAAAACUAGGGAUUUCUUUAUCAACCUGGUGCUAAGUACAAUGAAGGACAGAGAAGUUCGUAGCAUUAUCAGACCGGACAUGAUCCAUCUUCUUAUGGAGGCUAAGAAAGGUCAAUUGUCACACGAUGAAAAAGGUAACGAUGACAUUCACCAAGACACUGGAUUUGCUACGGUCGAAGAAUCGUCUAUCGGCAAGAAAACUAUUGACAGAGUGUGGUCUGACAUCGAUCUCGUGGCCCAAGCUGUCUUGUUCUUCAUCGGUGGCUUCGAAUCAGUGUCAACUUCAAUGUCCCAUGCGCUGCGCGAAUUGGCCCUCCAUCCUGAGAUCCAGGAACGACUCGCAAAUGAGAUCAAGGAACAUCAUGCCAAAAAUGGCGGAAAGUUGAACUUUAACUCGAUACAGAAUAUGACGUACAUGGACAUGGUAACUUCAGAAGUACUACGCCUCUGGCCAGCGGCUAUAGCCUUGGAAAGGGUUUGUAAGAAAGAUUACAACAUGGGAAAACCUAAUGACGCAGCUGAAAAAGAUUUCAUCAUGCGAGAAGGAGAGCUUCUUUGGAUGCCAGUAUGGUGUUUCCAUUAUGACCCUAAAUAUUUUUCCAAUCCUAAUAAAUUCGACCCUGAACGCUUCUCUAACGAAAACAAGCAUAAGAUUAAUCCUUUGGCUUACAUGCCUUUCGGUCUUGGACCCAGGAACUGUAUUGGAUCAAGAUUUGCUCUUUGUGAAAUAAAGGCUCUGUUGUAUCAAACUUUACUACAUUUUGAAGUUUACCCAUCAGAAAAGACCGUUCUCUCUCGAAAGCUUGUUAAGGAUUCCUUUAACAUCAGACUUGCAGGUGGCUAUUGGUUUAGGUUUAAAAUCCGCGACUAAGAUUUUAAGAGAUUACCUUAUUAUAUUAAUAUUGUUUACUUUAAAUUCCUAUUAUAAAUUUUUACAUCGUAAGUUUAUUCAAAGUUAUUGGGGUAUGGCUAUACAUCACCACGUAUAUCGUGGUAAUAUAGUAAUAUAGUAAUAAUAUAGCAGCGUAGACUACAUAAUACUCACAGCUACGUGAAAAUGGAAUCCGUUUGUGGCGAAAACCCUUCAAAAUCUUCCAUUUGACUUUUAUAAUGACCAUAUAAAAAUGUUCGGUUCGGUAUUGGUUUUCUAGUGGUUAGAACGCGUGAAUUUUAACCGACGAUCGUGGGUUCAAACACAGGAAAGCACCACUGAAUUUUCAUGUGCUUAAUUUUUGUUUAUCUCAUCUCGUGCUUGACGGUGAAGGAAAACUUCGUGAGGAAACCUGCAUGUGUCUAAUUUCAUUGAAAUUCUGCCACAUGUGUAUUCUACCAACCCGCAUUGGAGCAGCGUGGUGAAAUAAGCUCCAAACCGUCUCCUCAAUAAGGGGGAGAAGGCCUUAGCCCAUGAGACAUUAACAGGCUGUUACUGUUACUGUCGGUUUUGAUAGCAUGCAAAUAGACAUAUUAACUUAAAAAAAGAGUCAUUUUAGAAUCACAGACAGACACUAGUUUUAUCUAUUUGUAUAGAUAUGUUCCUUUAUUAUGUAAUAAGCCUCAUUUCCUAACCACAUUUCGGCUACGGCUGAUUUAGCCACUCUCGACGGGGCAAUAGCCAUCUACGCAGAAUAUACUAUAGUGCUGCAUACUUAAGCUGUUUGUUCAAGAAGUGGAUUCCCUACCAUGUUAUCUGUUUAAUAUAAUACGAUCGUAGAUAAAUCAAACAGUCAAUAUUUUUUGGGCUUUACCAUGAAUGGGUUUGUAAAACCGCCAAUUUUAUAACACUGAAAAUCUAGUAACUGUUAUUGAUUUUUCCUGGAAUUCGAAACUAGGACCUGGAUCCAAGAAUCUCUUACUUAUAAGUUAGACAUCAGAAUAAAGAAAUAGUUACUUUAUAUAGAAAUAAAUGUAUAUAUAUACUGUAAAUAUUAAGGAGUAUUGUAUGUAUUUUAUUUUAACUGUAAUUGUGAAUUAAAUUCUUUCAAACAAACAAAUAUUUUACUUAAU